AUGCAGCAGCAGCAACAAAUGCUGCUGCAGCAGCAGCAAAUGCUGCAGCAGCAGAAACUGCUGCAGCAGCAGCAGAUGCUGCAGCAGCAAAAGCAAAAACUGCUGCAGCAGCAACAAAUGCUGCAGCAGCAGAACAAGCUGCAGCAGCAGCAGCAGCAUGCAGCAGCAUGCAGCAGCAGCAGCAAACAGCAGCAACAGGAGACAGAAGCUGCUGCAGCAGCAGAUGCUGCAGCAGCAGCAGCAAAAGCUGCUACAGCAACAAAAGCCGCAGCAGCAGAUGCUGCUGCAGCAUAUGCUGCAGCAGCAAGGCAGCAGCAGUAA